GGAGAGGCGGGGUCAGACACUGCAGGCUCCGCCCCUUCAGGUACUGAUGCUGUUCUAUGCUGCAGCAGGUACCUGAACACCCUAACCCUGUCACAAGCUCACUUGGCUCAAAUGUUUCCGGGCCAUUCAAAAUGGCCGCCACGGCCGUGAUAGAAAAUUUAUUUCUACAGUAAAUUUGCCAAUAUUUAUCACAGAUGAUGAAAACUGUAUGCUGGAUUAGAUUAUAGAAAUCAUGUUUACUAAAAUGAGUUUUCACUUAAACUGCAGCCUGAAUGUUUCAACAAUACGUUCUGACCCAAAGGUUCCUCUGACCACUGCUCGUUUCCAGACCGGAUCAGAACCAGAACCUCAUCCACUAACUACAGACCUAAUGACAAACCUGUUAUGGGUCAGAACCAGAACCGUUACUGUCCCUGCAGGCUUAUGGCUCCCCCUGCUGGAGAAGCACAGAAAAACAAGCUGGACCCAAGAUGGCGGUGGGAGGCGGACAGCAGCGCGAGGACAGGUUUUAAUCCGGACCGAACCGAGGCGGGUCCAAAAGGAAGCGGCCAUGUUGUGAUGGGAGGAAGAGGAGGAGAUGGCAGCGGAGCUUUUCUCCACCAGCCUUCCUCACGGCGAGGACGAGGAAGAGGAGGAGACGAAGAAGAACUUCGUCCAGCUAAGCGAACCUGAGGAAUCCGCCGAGCGGAACACCGUCGGCAUCGACGACGGCGACGACGAUGAUGAUGAUGAGAGACUCAGCUGGCAGGGAGCCCACCCCACCCUGAGGGAGAGGAACGCUCUGAUGUUCAACAACGAGCACAUGGCCGACAUCCACUUCAUCGUGGGUCCGCCUGGAGAAACGCAGACGGUCCCGGCUCAUAAGUACGUCCUGGCGGUCGGCAGCUCCGUGUUUGGAGCCAUGUUCUAUGGAGAUCUGGCGGAAGGACAGUCGGAGAUCCACAUCCCGGACGUGGAACCAGCUGCUUUCCUCACCCUGUUGAAGUACAUGUACAGCGAUGAGGUGGAGCUGGACGCCGACACGGUUCUGGCCACGCUCUACGCCGCCAAGAAGUACAUCGUCCCGGCCGUGGCGAAGGCGUGCGUGGGCUUCCUGGAGACGAGCCUGGAGGCCAAGAACGCCUGCGUGCUGCUGUCCCAGAGUCGGCUGUUUGAGGAGGCGGAGCUUACGGAGCGCUGCUGGGAGGUGAUCGACGCGCAGGCUGAGCUGGCGCUGCGGUCUGAAGGGUUCUGUGAGAUCGACCGGCCCACGCUGGAGAUCGUCCUGCAGAGGGAGACGCUCAACAUCCGCGAGGCAGCGGUGUUCCAGGCGGCGCUGAGCUGGGCGGCGGCAGAGUGCCGGCGCCAGGGACUGGCGGUGACCCCUCGGAACCAGCGGACCGUGCUUGGGAAGGCUCUGUACCUGCUCCGGGUCCCGUCCAUGUCUCUGCAGGAGUUUGCAGAUGGACCGGCGCAGUCAGAGGUUCUGACACUGGCGGAGACCCACAACAUCUUCCUGUGGUACACCGCCACCAACAAACCCCAACUGGACUUCCCUGUGGGGAAACGGGUCGGCCUGGCGCCGCAGCGGUGCCACCGCUUCCAGGCGUCCGCCUAUCGCAGCAACCAGUGGCGCUACAGGGGGCGCUGCGACAGCAUCCAGUUCGCUGUGGACCGCAGGAUCUUCAUGGCCGGGCUGGGCCUGUACGGAUCGAGCGGCGGGAAGGCCGAGUACAGCGUGAGGAUCGAGUUGAAGCGACAGGGAACCCUUCUGGCCCAGAACCUCACCAAGUUUCUAUCAGACGGGUCGAGCAGCACCUUCCCCGUCUGGUUCGAACACCCCGUCCAGGUGGAGCAGGACACCUUCUACACGGUCAGCGCCGUCCUGGACGGGAACGAGCUCAGCUACUUUGGACAGGAGGGAAUGACCGAGGUGCAGUGUGGGAAGGUGACCUUCCAGUUCCAGUGCUCCUCGGACAGCACCAACGGUACCGGAGUUCAGGGGGGGCAGAUCCCAGAACUGAUCUUUUACUGCUGAAGCUGGACCUGACGGACUGAAAGGCCUCAAUCCAGGAGGGACAGUCUGGUUCUGAUAGCGUUAGCGGCUACAGUUCUGAUAGCGUUAGCUCCUGUUCUGAUAGCGUUAGCUCCUGUUCUGAUAGCGUUAGCGGUUCUGGUUCUGACUGGUUGAGGUGUUUCAAACAUUAAAGUUUGUGUGACUGAAACUGCAAUGUUUGUUUUUAUCUGACGUAGUUUCCUGCAGCCACCACCAGAGGUCACUGUAGAUGAACCUUUCUUCAGCAGAGAGCAUGCUGGGAAAUGUCAUUCUGUAGGUCUAAUCGCUGCCGUUUUAGCUAAAUUUGAUGUGUUACAGGCGAGUCACACAGGAAGUCUCACCGAUGGCGGGUGCGUUGAUGCACAGCUCCCGGGCCAGCAGCAGGAAGGUCUUCCCCAGGAUGUAGACGUUCACCUGGACACAGAGAACACACUGUGAUUGGUCCAGAGCUCAGAGACGCUCUGUGAUUGGUCCAGAGCUGAAACGCUGCAGCUGGCUGCUCCCAUGUGGCUCUUACCUGCAGCAGGUCGCUCAGGUCCAGUAGCAUGUCUGAAGCCCGGUUCAGGAAAGAAACGGGUCGAAUCAGAACCGGUUCACUAACUGAACGAUUCCUUGAGUUCUGAACAGGUUCUUCUUUAUUCUGGAGCUAAUGAUCCGACUGACAGGGAAGGAAAUCCAAUAAAAAAUACAUUUUUAUUCA